CAUUGAUUUUUGUUCAAAGUAGCAACUAGCAAGUGAAGAAUAGGAUACUUAAUUGUCGUAUGAGAUGGAGGGCUAAAUUGGCGUAUGAGAUGGAGGGCUUCACGCCAGGUGGCAAAUUAACUUCUCAGACUACCCCUUUUUUCAGUUCCCACCUUUCCACUUUCCAUACGUUUCCGCCUCCGUUCGUUUCUUAGACUUGGACGACCACGGUUGCGGCCCUAGCAGGGGAAUCGCGCUGGGGAUUUGCCACUGGGGGUCUAGCGCAGCAUGGAUGGAAGGGGAAUCCCUGACCAAUGUAGCUCCUGGUUAGAAUCGAGGAACCAUAGAGUUGGAUCAAUCCCAAUAGGUGGUUCGGGGAGAGUCUUGCGUAUUCUUGAAGCAGAGGAGCGAUGAACAAACAGCCAAGGCAGGACAGAUGCAGCUCCAGCGCAACUUCUUCUCCUUCAAUUUUGAAGUUCAAAUUAUAAUUUAGGGUUCCACUAAUUAUUUAUUUGCUUUGUUUCAUUUCUGUUGGGAGUUUUGAUUAAUUGAUUCGAGUUGCUUUCUCCUCCCCUGUAGCAUUUGAUUGGUCAAUUUCUAGCAAUUUAUUUUCAUUGUUCAUUUUGGUAUUUGUUUGUGUAGGGUGUUAUUCUAGGCGUCCCUGCAGAGGUAACCAAAGGAGAAGCUGUCACGAUUGGUAUCCCUUCUGUGAGCUUGGUUUAUAUUUCACUAUUUGUCAUAUGUUUGGUCUAUCUUCUUGUUCAUUAAGAUUUAAAUGAUUGAUAUUUCCUUAACUUAUUUAUGAAAUCCCAUUUGUGAAAUAUCUUCUUUGAUUCAUAUCUUUAUAACUUAUUGUGAUUGUAUUUUAUAUUAUUUGAAGACGAGUGUUACCUUAGAUCAAAACAGUGUUAUUUGAAGGGUAGUGUUGCUACUACCAUGGAUAAUCGCUCUUAGGCUGCUACUAUAUUCGAACAAUUCAUCUAUAAGAGCAUUUCUGCUUUUGUUCCAACAACUCAUUUGAUUAGUCCUCAGGUUGUUUUAGUUGGCAUUGUCAAUGCUCCCAAGUUCCUUCUUCCUCCUAAGAAAAACAUUACACCUGGCUUCUUACUUGGCGCAUGAUGUGGAGGAUGGCUCUCAAAAGGUUGGUCUUCCCGAGCCUUACACCUUGGGGUAUAACACAACUCAGACGCUUUCUCUCUCCCAGGGGAAUACUGGAAUAACAACUUUAACGCAACUCAGACGCAAGGAGAAUUGCAAAAUCAGUGACUCAAUCUGUUAACGUAGCUCCAUGUUAGAAUUGAAGAACCACAUAUCUGGAUCAACGCCAACAGUUGGUCGGCCAGUGUAGCUCUGAACGAAGGCGGAUGAACGGCAACGGCCAAGGUCAUACUGACGCUGCUCCAGGUUUUUCAAGGAUAAUAUUUACUGAAUUGCCACCACGUAGGGCGUUUAAAGAGAGUUGUGCAUGCAAAGAGGCUCUGCCGUUUCUGUUGCCCCUUUCUUCCACCUUCCAUCCUUUUUCUUCUUCCAAUUUUAGUAGACAUCCAUCUGAAAUCUAUUUGUUGCAAGCUAACUUGAAAAACUUGAAAUCCAUGGAGCACAUCAAAAGCAAGCAACCUUGAUGUAGUUGGAGUCCAUCUAUCUCGAUUCCAUUAACGUCUUUCCUAAAGCUGAAAUUACAGCGGAUCCCUACUUCAAUCAGAGUAGUACGAAGGGGGGAAUCAACAGACUGUCGUUUAUGUUUCUCUUCUUUCCGAUUAGCUUCUCUCUUGUUCCAUCAUUCGGAAACUAAUGCCCGGAAAUGACCAGCGACAAACCAUCCAUCCCCAUGUCAUUCAAGACAACUCUCGCCCACAUUUUAUAGGAGAUGCAUCUUCCAAGGGCAAGCUACACCACCGAGAACCGAGCCAAGGAGGAUAAUAUUGUGUUUGGAAGGACCUUCAUCCUCAUGCGUCGGUGUUUAACCAUCCUAUGAGACGGUCUGACCAUUCUGCUCUUCUUCUGAUGACAUCGAAGCCUAGCUACCCUGUAAGGCGGGUUCGGCGUUUUAUGUUUGAAAAUGCAUGGCUUCGUGACCCAGGUUACAAGGAAGCGUUGAGAUCGGCUUGGGGUUCACCAGGGGAGCUACCGUUUUUGGAGAAAUUGUCCCGCUGUGGCCAGCGUCUUCUUGCAUGGGGAGGUGACCGUUUUCAAAAAUUUGGACGUCGAAUUCAGGUUCUCAAAAGGCGAGUGGAGGAGUUACGGGGCAGGCAUGACGAAGGGGGGGUGCGAGAGUUUUGUGAAGCUGACAAAGAGCUUGGUUCUCUCUUAGACCAAGAGGACUCAUAUUGGAGGCAAAGAGCGAAGCAGCAUUGGCUUCAGUCGGGUGAUGCUAAUACUCGGUACUUCCACCAAUAUGCAUCACAUCGAAGGAAGAAAAAUCAUAUUUUGAAACUUAAGGAUGGGACAGGCAUUUGGCGUGAAGGUUUGGAGUUGUCAGGGGUUGUGUGCCAGUACUAUGAGGAGCUCUUUCAAUCAAAAGGUGUUGAGGAGUCUGACUUCUUUAGCUCGAUCUCACCUCGGGUUUCAAAUUCUCAAAACCAUGAGCUUCUUCGUCCCUUUAGUGCAGAGGAGAUAAAGGCUGCUCUUUUUGCAAUGCAACCAGAUAAAUCCCCAGGUCCAGACGGGAUGAAUCCUGGCUUUUUCCAAAAGUCUUGGGAUCUGGUCGGAGAGGAGGUUUCAACAUUUGUGCUGUCUUGUCUGCAUCAUGGAAAGCUCCCUGAAGGUGUUAACGACACAACAUUAGUUUUAAUCCCUAAGAAGAGUGCUCCUGAGGUAGUUGCUGAUUUGAGACCCAUUGCUGGUUGGGUUGGCCUAAAACUUGAUAUGGCCAAGGCCUAUGAUCAGGCGGGGGAAGUUAAACGUUGCCUUGCUGAAUAUGAAAGAAUUUCGGGGAGAUGCUCUCUUCUUUUUUCGGGGUUUCGGAGAUGGAUAAUUUUGCAACUUCAUAGUUUCAAUGUAGCAAUGCUGGGGAAGCAAGGGUGGAGGCUUCUUACCCAACCUGAUGCGCUCGUUUCUCGUGUGUUCAAAGCAAGGGAUCCAGCUACCGGAGGCUGGAACGAGUCGCUGUUACAUUCCUAUUUCAAUGCUAGAGAUGUUAUGGAGAUCCUGCGUGUGCCUUCUUGCCCUUCUCGUGAGGAUCUGUGGUUCUGGUCAAGGUCUCCUCAUGGGCACUACUCCGUUAAAGAUGGCUACCGUUUGCUUCAGGGGGAGGUUGUUGCUGAGCCUACUGGUUUUUCAGCCUGGAAUAAGCUUUGGCGCAUUCCGGUAGAAACUAAGGUAAAAGUGGUUAUUUGGCGGGCUCUUCGGGGUAUUUUACCAACUAUCUCAUCUCUCAAUUCUAAAGGGAUGGAACUGGACAACUUAUGCCCAGUAUGUGGGGAAGAGGGGGAAUCAAUUGAUCACAUUUUUGUUCUAUGUCCUUAUGCAUCGGCUAUUUGGGAAGGGAUUGGAGUUCAGGUUUCAACAGUAGCCACAGGCUCUUUUAUACAUUUUUUUGAAGGGCUUAUUGGUUCAAGGUCUUUGGGAGAGCUUAAAGUUAUUGCAUAUGCAGUUUGGGCUUUGUGGAAGACUCGUAAUGCAGCAGUUUGGGAUGGAAGGGUUUCGUUGCCGGCGGUAACUAUUCGGUUGAUUAAGUCACUGGUUGAACGUUGGCCGGACAGCCGUUUGGGGCAGCAAUUGACUCUGCCGUCUUGUACUAUUCUAGGACAGCAAAGUUCAGGGCAGGUGCGACAUUGCUUUGUUGAUGCCGCUUUGUUUCCUCAGGUCGGAGAGGUAGGAUUCGGUGCUGUUCUUCUUGAUCCAGGUGGUAGGUUUGUGAAAGCAUGUAACGGUACUAUUCCGUGUUCUCAAGAUCCCCUUCUAGCAGAAGCAAUUGCGGUUAGAGAGGCUUUGGCUUGGUUAAAGAGAGAGGCAUGCUUGGAGGUGCAGCUUUUUUCAGAUAGCUGGAUGGUGGUGAUUGGUGAAUGCCAUCAACCACGCCACCGAUUCUCGCUCGUACUUUGGUUCGGUUAUUGAGGAGUGUAGGCUAUUUUUAUCUUUUUUUCGUUCAAUUUGUAUCUCUCAUGUUUGUCGAGAUCUGAAUGGUGUUGCUCAUGUGUUAGCCCGUCGAGCGGUUGCUCAACGUGGGGUUUGGGAAUCUGUUCCUCCAGACUUUAUUGUUUCUCAUUUUAAUUAAUGUGAUUUAUUUCC